AUGGCAGAGCGGCCCACAGAAAGUUGGGGUACCUUGAGUGCCGAAGCUCCUUUCCAGCUUUUGAAAACAUCGCCUUUUAUCCGGGCUGCUUUCAUUGAAAAACUUGCAAAUCUUGCAAACAAAGAAGGUCUAAAACAAAAUGAUUCGACUGAAAUUGUAACCGCAAUUUUUUCAAAAUAUGCACACUACAACGACAACCAUUCACGACUAGCUGCUCAAAAAGCUAUAAUUUCCCAUAUCAAUGGCACCUAUGGGUCAGCUGUUUUAAAUACUUUGGCUAAGUUGAUCACAGUUACUAUUUCUCAAACUAAGGCCAUUGGCAGUAACUUCACAAUAUUGGAGUGGGUCAACUCAUUUAUUCUUGAUAAAUCAGCCACUUUCGAUUCAAACAAGGAAGCUGUAAAGACUUUAAUUAUUUCUCAAGGUGAAAUUUUAUAUCAGAUCGUUACUUUUGCUGAAAUUGAAAAACACCAAAGACAAUACGUAUCUUCUUUAAGGAAAACCCGCACUGCUAUUGCGAAAUCUCUUGGCCGUCAAAAUGAAAAAUCAUUAGAAUUCGCCGACUUUUACAUUGAAACUCUUAUUUCCAAACCCAAAAAUACUAUCGAAUAUAUCCCCCGCUUUUUGAUCAUUUCUGCUCUUGCGGGUGCGUCGAUUGAUCUUUUAUCCGCAAACCCCUCUGUGCAGGCCAAGGUAGAGGCAAAAAAGGAUGAAUUUUUCAAAAUUUAUAUUCAAAGUGUCCUCGGAACAAAAGUUCCAUUGACAAGGCAUCUUGUUGACUCAUUUUCUCCAUUCUUUGUUGACUUUAUCACCCAAUCCGAUUUUGACAAAGUACUUGCACCUGCAAUUUCUAAAGCAAUUUUACGAGCCUCCGAAAACACACUUUCAACUAUUUCUAUUUCUCUCUUUUCUAAACUUUCUCCACUUGUCGAUACCUCUGAUUCCUUGAACUCAUGCCUUCUUGCCCCUAUUUUAUCUUCUUUUGGCUCUUCUAAACCUCAAGUUCGUGUUUACUCCUGUGACAAUCUCAAGUCUCUUUUGCAGUUGGCCCAGCCCUCUGAGAAGCUCGAUAAGGUUAUCAGUUCAAUUGUUACACCUCUCAAAACAAAUAAAAUUACAAAUCCGGAGCAACGAGUUUUUUAUGGUCUGGCACUUUCCUCUGUUACUCCUUACAUCGGUGGCUCUAAGGCAAUUUACAAUAAUCUUCUCACUACUUUAGGAAAAGAUGUCAACGAAGCAUCUCUAUCUUCAUUAUCGGACGCAUUUUUUAAGCAUUUGUUUUUUGAUUUACAAAGCAAUGCUGUUUUGGAGAAAUCUGUUCUUGACACCACUUUAAAGGGUGUUUCUGAAAAGAAAGCUAAUCUCAAGAAAGUCUGGAUUGAAAAUCUGGUAAAGCAAAUUUUAGAUCUUACUAACUGCUCUGCCGAACUCGAAAAAUUCAUUUCAGGUAUCAGCAAAUCUUUGACAGAUGCUUGGAAGGAUAUCAACAAUAAUGCUUCUUUGGCAGUUCAAAACAAGGUUGUCACUAUUGGUCAUGCCGUUGUUUCUCUUAUUGCUAAGUUACAUCAAAUUGAUGAGAAGAUUGUGGUACCUUUUGAUAAUGCCAAAAUUAUUUCCUCUUCUUUAAAAAGUGAAAAGGCAUCUUUUAUUACAUCUUACCGUGUUUUUACAAAGCUUACAGAGCCAAGUGAGGUUGAAUGGGCCAUUCGCUCUUUGAGCGCUAGUGCCAAGGAGGUUGUUGCUCUCAACGAUGCUGCUAUUUCAAAUGACUGGGCUUUAGCUUGGAUAUACUAUAUGGUUACACCUGUUUCCCCUUCCACUUCUCAACUCGCACUUUCUUUCAUUAAAGAUUUAUAUGCAACCUAUCAGUCAUUUAUUGGCAAGUUAUUUAUUGAUAACAUUUACAAAAUUAUUUCUCUGCCGGAAGAUUCUAAGCCUAUUGAUGAUGAUAACUUGACUCAUAUUCCUCGAAGUGCCACAUUCAAUCACAUCUUGACUGCUUUGUUUUUACCACAAAAUGAAGUUGAUGUGUCUGUUCUUGAAAAUGAUCUCGUUUCAUUGUUUGUUAUUGCUCACCAUCCAAAGUCCAAUAUUAAAGGUGGAUGGGUUUCUCUUUGCUUAGAGUCCAACAUCGAUCCUGGCAAGGUUGUUGAAACUCAUGGCGAGGUUAUGCUUCAGAAUAUUUUUGCCGUUUCUGAUGAUGCGGCAAAUCAUAACGAUGAUGUCAUGCUUGAUGCUGCAGUUUCUGCUGCUGCUACUCUUUCUUUUAUUAACAACUCUCUCAUCACUCCCAAGCUUACUGAGUCAAUUGUUUCUGGACUUAACACUUCUCAGUUCCCUGAGUUUGAUGAAGAAAAGCUGGCUGUCUGGAACACACCUGAGGGUACUCUUGCCAAGAAUCCAUUUGAAACUUCAAAGGUCUAUGCUGAAAACAAAAAUUCAAAGGACUAUGAGACUAAGAAGUGGGAAGAGUCACUUAAGAAAGAGAUUGAAGCUAAGAGGGGUACUAAACCCAAGUUUACCAAAGAGCAACAAAUCAUUGUCAAUGAGCAGCUUAAGAAAGAGAGCGAAAUUCGCUCUGAGUUAAAAAAGAUUUAUGCUAACGUUCAUAGGUCUUUGUCUUUGAUUUCAAAGCUUUCUAUUUUAUCGACAACUGCUUACAAUGGAAUUGAAACUUGGUUUCCGGAAUCGAUAAAGUCCCUUGAGAAUCUGUUUAGCACUGGUCCUAUUCUUUCUAUUUUUAAUGGUGAACCUUCCCGUGUCUUUAUUGAACUUUCUCGUAACGUGACUGAUCGCAUUGGUUCCCACCGCGAUAUUGCUGGCGUUGCUAUUCUCCGAGCUCUCAGCGUCUAUGAUAUUGAUUCAACCGCUCUUUUGGAAAAGGAUACUUUGAAGGACUUUUCUACCGGUCUUUUGUAUAAGAUUCAGUUCCAAAGUGAAAAACGGCCUUUGGACUCUAUUUCUCUUAUUUACCUUCUUCCUCUUAUUUUGAAGACUCUUGAAGGUCGAGGAGGCAUUGGUACUACUGUUGAUGAAGAGAUUGAAGAACAAGCUAUUUUGUCGCUUGACAUUCUUACUGCUCAUGCUGAAGAGUUUAAACAAGAAAUAACUCCCAGAAAGCAUCUUCUCAACACUCUGUUAUCGUUGUUAAGCACUCACCCUUCCAAGGUCAAGUCUAUUAAAGAUUCUUUGGUUAGAAUUGUUCAAAGUAUUGGUGCAACUUUUACUGAUGAAGAGCUCAACUUGUUGAUCAAGGCUACUAUUUCUUCCGAUCUUGCUAUUCGUUCUAUUGUUCUUGAAAUCAUUGAUAAUGAGCUUGAUAUCUCUCACGUGGAUUACUCCAACGAAAUUUGGAUAGAACGUUUUGACUCUGAAAAUCUUUCUGCGAUAGCUGACUCUAUUUGGAACGAUAAUGAACUUGCUAUCGAUGAAACUUCUGCUUUCAAAUUGGUUCCAUUCCUUGAAUCAAAUCAAUCGUUUUUGCGUAUUGCUACUUCUAAGGCAAUUACUGCCGCUGUUGAACCAUAUCCCGAUAUUCUUGAUACUUUGUAUGAGAACCUCACUGAGCUCUUUAUUGAAAGAACCCAGCCUCCUAUUCCUGUUAAGGAUAAGUACGGUAUGGCUGUCAACAAUGGCGGUCCUACUGACACUUGGGAGGUGAGAAGCGGCAUUGCUCUUACUUUCAAAGAGCUUGCACCUUUCCUAUCUAAUGAGCUUAUUGAGAAGUUUUUCUCAUUUUUGAUUGACACCGAGGCUUUGGGUGAUAAGAAUGCUGAAGUUAGAUCCGAACUUCAAUUAGCUGGAAAGGCUAUUAUCCAGCAACACGGCUUAAACAUUGUUGAGUCACUUAUUCCAAUUUUUGAAGCAUACCUUACUAAGGAAGUUAAGAAAUCGGAAGUUCAUGAUCGUAUUCGUGAAAGUGUUGUUAUUCUUUAUGGUGAUCUUGCUUGUCAUCUUAAGCCUUCCGAUCCCCGUGUCACUAACAUUAUUGACAGACUUCUCAGCACUCUUGACACUCCUAAUGAGUUUGUUCAGUACGCAGUUUCAGAUUGUCUUGCACCUCUAGUCAAGCUUUUUGAAUCCAAACUUUCUGAUUAUUUUCAAAAACUUGAAGAAAAACUUUUCUCCGAUUCUAAAUAUGCUGGCAGACGUGGUGCUGCAUAUGGUAUUUCCGGUCUUGUCAAAGGUGCUGGUAUUUCUGCCAUGUCAGACUACGAUUUAACUCGUAUUUUAGUUGAUGCAGUAGAAGAUCGUCGUGACCCCAAGAAGCGUCAAGGUGCUCAGUUUGUUUUUGAAUGUCUCUCUCAAAGCUUGGGCCCUUAUUUCGAACCUUAUGCACUUGAAAUUAUUCCUUUGAUUCUUGCCAGUUUGGGUGAUAGUUCUCCAGAGGUUCGUGAAGCAACUUCUUAUGCUGCCCGCCAAAUUAUGAAGCACUCUACUGGUUACGGUAUCAAGAAGUUGAUUCCAAUGGCUUUGGAAACUCUCGAUUCUACUGCUUGGAGAGCUAAAAAGGGUGCUGUCGAGUUGCUUGGUAUCAUGGCUUACCUUGACCCUAGACAGCUUUCAACAUCUCUUUCCACUAUCAUUCCAGAACUUGUGGGCGUGUUGAACGAUUCCCAUCGUGAGGUUAGAACUUCUGCUAACCAAAGUUUACAAAGAUUUGGUGAGGUCAUUAAAAAUCCUGAGAUUCAAUCUUUGGUUCCUGUUCUUAUUCAGGCUAUUAGUGAUCCUACUCAACAUACUGAAAAGGCUCUCGAUGGCCUCCUUAAGACCCAGUUUGUCCACUAUAUUGAUGCACCUUCUUUGGCUCUCGUCAUUCACAUUUUGCACAGAGGUUUGAAAGAUAGAUCUGCCAACAUUAAGCGCAAGGCUGCUCAAAUUGUUGGUAAUAUGUCUAUUCUUACUGACUCUAAGGAUCUUAUUCCUUAUCUUUCAAGUAUUGUUUCUGAACUUGAGGUUUCUAUGGUUGAUCCUGUUCCUGCUACUCGUUCUACUGCCAGUAGAGCUAUUGGUGCUCUGGUUGAGAAACUUGGCGAAGAUCAAUUCCCUGAUCUCAUUGGAAGACUUAUGGCUACUCUUAAAUCUAAGGAUAAGGUUGGUGAUCGUCUUGGUUCUGCACAAGGUCUUGCUGAAAUUACAUACGGUUUGGGCAUCCGCAAGCUGGAGGAGCUUAUGCCUAUUAUCCUCAAAAAUACUACCAGCUCUCAGGCCCAUGUCAGAGAAGGUUUUAUGCCAUUGAUGAUUUAUCUUCCUGCAUCAUUUGGUGCUUCUUUCAGUCCAUACUUGACUCAAAUUAUUCCUCCUAUUUUGGCUGGUCUUGCUGAUGAUGUUGAGGCUGUUCGUGAAACUUCUCUUAAGGCAGGUAGACUUCUUGUUAAGAACUACGCCACCAGAGCAAUUGAUUUGCUUCUUCCCGAGCUUGAACGUGGUCUUUCUGAUUACAGUUAUAGAAUUAGAACCUCUUCCGUCGAGCUUACUGGUGACCUUUUGUUCCAGCUUACUGGUGUUAGUGGAAAGACUGAGCUUAGCGAAGAAGAUAAAAUCAUUUUUGGUGAUGUUAGCAAGAGUAUUGUUGAUGUUCUUGGUGUUGAACGCCGUGAUCGUAUCUUUUCUGCUAUUUUUAUGUGCCGUACUGAUACUUGGCCUCAGGUUCGUGGUGCUGCUGUGGAGGUUUGGAAGAGUCUUGUUUUCAACACACCUAGAAUGGUUAAGGAAAUUUUGCCUACUCUUACCCAGAUGAUUAUUCGUCGUUUGGCCAGCACCAACGAAGACCAAAGAACUAUUGCUGCACAAGCACUUGGCGAGCUUGUGCGCCGUGUUGGUGGUACUUCGCUUUCUAGACUUCUGCCAACUCUUAGUGAAGGAAUGACGACUAAUGAUGCUGAUGCCCGACAGGGUAUUUGCAUUGCCAUUACCGAACUUAUUGGUUCUACCCAGGUUGAUGAUUUGGAAGCUCAACAAACUUUGUUCAUUAACAUUAUCCGUAUUGGUCUUGGUGAUUCUGAUGAAAAAGUUAGAUCUGCUGCUGCUAAAGCAUUUGAUUCUCUUCAGAGUGCUAUUGGAAACCAAAUUCUUGACAAAAUCUUGCCCGACCUUAUUAAAAUGCUUCAAUCUGAAGAUUCGGCCGAGAACGCACUUGCUGCUUUGCGCAAGAUUAUUUCUACAAAGGGCUCUGUCGUUUUCCCUAUUAUAAUGCCCACUUUGUUGACUCCACCUAUGACUGUUUCUAACGCUCGUUCUCUUGGUGCUUUGGCUGCUGUGGCCGGUCAUGCUUUGAUAAGACGGUUGGAACAAAUUAUUGAUGCUUUGGUUGAUGCUAUUAUCGAUGCAAAGGAUGAGGAAUCGAAGAGCGUCUUUUCUUCAUCUUUGGAUUCUGUCAUCUUGUCAAUUAAUUUUGAUGAUGGCACCCAUACUCUUAUGCACCAUAUGCUCACUCUGGGUCGUCAUGUGGAAUCACCACGUCGUGAGAUUUCCUUCAACCACAUGGCAUCAUUUUUCACAGAGACAUCUUUGGACUGCUCUCAAUACACAGAAGACUGGGUUCAACUUUGUAUUUAUUCUUUGGAAGAUUCAGAUGAGAAGGUUGUCAAAGCUUCAUGGACUUGCCUUAACAGCCUUGUUAAAGCUCAAACUAAAGAUUCACUGGAAGAGCUUGUUAAACCUGCUAGACAGGCACUUAAAACUACAGGAAUCGCAGGCCAGGAACUUGCUGGUUUUGCUUUACCAAAAGGUCCAAGUUGUGUUCUGCCAAUAUUUUUACAGGGUCUCAUGUAUGGAAGCAACGAAAACAGAGAAGUUGCAGCUCUGGGUAUUGCUGACAUUGUUGAAAAGACGAGUGCAGCUAAUCUCAAGCCAUUUGUUACUCAAAUCACUGGUCCUCUUAUUCGUAUUGUUGGUGAACGCUUUUCUUCUUCUAUCAAGGCUGCAAUUUUGUAUACCCUUAACAUACUCCUUCUCAAGAUCCCCGCAUUUUUGAAACCAUUCUUACCUCAAUUGCAGAGAACAUUUGCUAAGGCUCUUGCUGAUCCCCACAAUGAAACCCUUCGUUCUCGUGCAGGAAAGGCUCUUAGUACAUUGAUUAAACUUCAAACAAGAAUUGAUCCCCUUAUCACUGAGUUGAUUUCUGGUGCUCGCAACACUGAGGAUGAAGCAGUUCUUGUCUCGAUGCUUCAAGCACUUUCUGAAAUUAUGUUGAAUGCUGGUAAACUCAUUAAUGCUUCUUCCAAGGCCUUAAUUCUUACCUUUGUGGAUGAGCAACUUGAGAUUGCUGAUUUUUUAAAAAGAAAAAGUCUUGCCAAGCUUAUGGGCGGUAUUGCAAAUGCAAUGGACAACGAAGAACUUAGCAAACUCAUUACCACAAAAAUCAUCCAAAAUCCCGAUCAAAAAUUUGCGGUAUUGACUCUUAACGCAUUACUAAGGGUUGCUGGUUUAAAAAUCAGCGAAGCUGGUGUUAGUACUGAAAUUGCUCAUUACAUCAUUAACAACAUGGAUUGUACAGAUUCUGAAAUUUCGGAGAAUUUAGUACGUGCCGCUGGAAAAUAUUUGCUUGAUACUUACUCUCCUGAUCCAAAAUCUGAACAAGACGAGGAAGACAAAGAUAUUGUGAAACUAAACUUUGAUUACAGUCCGGAAGUUAUUUCUCAGUUUGUUCAGGCGCUUUCCACUGUUACGGUAAAAUCUCCAUCACGGACAGGUGAAGCUAGAAGAUUAUCAUUUGUUGUAAUCCGCACUGUUGCUAGACACAAAUACUCUCUGUUUUGUCAAGAAAAGAGCCUGGAUGUUUUGGUUCCAGCUAUUUUUGGUUGUGUGCGUGAAAGUACUAUUCCUGUCAAGCUUGCUGCCGAAAAGGCUUUUAUUCAAGUUCUCAAGCUUACUGAUGAUCUUUUAUUAACUGCUGGUAAGGAGGGUGUUGCCCCUUCAAUUCCUACAUUUGACAAAUGGUAUAAGCAUGCGGUGGAUGAUAAUGUUUUGUCUGGUGCUAUCCCAAGAUCUCUUUCAGAAUUUACAAAGCGUGUUGGUCAAAAACUUGCAUUGGCUGAAGUCGAUCGUAUCCAAGCUGGUGGUGAUUACAGUGCUGUAUACUCUGACAGAAUUGAAGAUGAGAUGGAUGUUUGGGCUAUUGGUUCUCCUGACUUGGAAAAGGAAGAAGAUGAAUAA